CCAACCUCCCGAACCCAGUCCACCAACCUGAAGCGGCAGCCGGCGCGGCCAAAACCCAACAAAACCCACCGAAUCCACCUCGCCGCGGCGGCCGUCGUCACCUCCACCGCCCACCGCUCCCCUCCCCGAGCGGCGCCACCAUUUAAACCUCGCCGCCAGCCGCCGCUUCGCUUUCUCCUCCACCCCAAUGCUUUCCCCGACCUCCACCAUCCUGCCCACCUCGCCCCUCCCCCACCCCGCCGCCCCAAACCCUAGCCCCCGUCAGCACCUCCGCUUCCCCUUUCCCCCGCCCACCGCCGCCUCCGCGGCGGCGGUUCGGGCAGCGGGGCGUCGGACGUGCUCGGUGCGAGCCUCGGCCCCGGAGGGGACCGGCUGGCCGGCGCCGGCGCUGGGUAAGGAGUUGGUGGAGAUGGAGCGGCUGGUGGAGGUGGCGCAGAGCGCGGCUGACGCGGCGGGGGAGGUGCUCCGGAAGUACUUCCGGCAGCGCUUCGAGAUCAUCGACAAGGAGGACCACAGCCCCGUCACGAUUGCAGAUAGAGAAGCAGAAGAAGCAAUGACGUCAGUCAUACUCAAGAGCUUCCCUACUCAUGCGAUUUUUGGCGAGGAGAAUGGUUGGAGAUGUGUGGAGAAGUCUGCUGACUAUGUUUGGGUAUUGGACCCCAUUGAUGGAACAAAGAGCUUCAUAACUGGCAAGCCUCUUUUUGGUACACUUAUUGCUCUUCUGCAUAAUGGGAAGCCGGUUAUGGGCAUUAUUGAUCAGCCAAUCUUGAGAGAGAGAUGGGUUGGGGUGGAUGGGAAGAAAACAACCUUAAAUGGGCAAGAAAUAUCUGUCCGUCCUUGCAAUGCACUGGCGCAAGCUUACUUAUAUACAACAAGUCCACAUCUCUUCGAGGGAGAUGCUGAAGAUGCAUUUAUUCGUGUACGAGAAAAGGUGAAAGUCCCACUGUACGGCUGUGAUUGUUAUGCUUAUGCUCUUCUGGCUUCUGGUUUUGUGGAUCUUGUUGUUGAAUCCGGUUUGAAGCCAUAUGACUUUCUCUCGCUGGUACCGGUCAUUGAAGGAGCUGGAGGGUCAAUAACCGACUGGGAAGGGAACAAGCUCCACUGGCCCGUCACUUCGGAAUCUCGGCCCACAAGUUUCAACGUGGUGGCAGCUGGAGAUGCCCGUGUCCAUGGGCAGGCCCUAGAAGCGCUGCGGUGGCACUAACCUGCAGCACACACCUGCUUCUGUUGUCCAUUUAGAAGAUGGCAAACUGUUAUUCAUGUGUCCAAUAAACUGAUUAUAUGUACACUUCCUCAGUCGGGAUAGCAAGAUGUAGUGCUGUACAUUGCACCUUGACUUGGUAAAUAACCCGUGAUUUGUACUUAUGAUCCCUGAAUGAUGUAUGAUUGCACUGUGUAGUUGUGAUGGUGCUCUUUUUUGUCAA